UAGUCCUGGAGCAGCUCUAGUCUUCCUCCAGGAAAUCAGUUUACUAAACUCUGGACUAUAGUAAGUUUAGGACUAUUUUACACCAUGACAGAGAAAGCAGAUUUCUGUUAAUCUGGUUUAAAGGGCCAUUUUAUUCUAGGACUAGGCCUAAUCUCUGUCCGGGAAACCGCCCCCAAAUGUAGAUCAUAAAUGUCUAAAUAUUAAGUUUUUAUUAAUUUGCAGCAUUAGUUUUGAGUUGUUGUUUUAACCAGGUCACUGAGGACCAUUAACUCUGUUAAUUAUUCUCUUCUUAAAGAUGGCGUUAAUUAAAGAGGAGACUGAAGACUUAAAGAUUGAGUUUAUUAAAGAGGAGACUGAAGAUAUAAAGAUUGAAGAAACAUUCAGAGUGAAACAUGAAGAAACUGAGGAACACACAGACCUAAUGGCACUGAAAGAGGCAAGUAAUGAACUUAGUGAAAGGGAAGAAGAGAAAGAACAUUAUGAUAAACAUCACGAUUUCAUGACUGGGGAAAGAUCGACACAGGCUAAAAAGACUUUCUCACAAAAAAGAGCUCAAAAGACAGGAACUAAAAGUUAUUUGACCUGCCAGCUGUGUGGAAAGAGUUUUGAUCAACAUAGAAACCUACAAGUCCACAUGAAAACUCACACUGGAGAAAAGCCUUACAUCUGCAAACAGUGUGGAAAGAGUUUCACACUUAAAGAAAACCUUAAAGUCCACAUGAGAAUUCAUACUGGAGAAAAGCCUUAUACCUGCCAAAAAUGUGGACAGAGUUUCAGUCAAAAUGGAAGCCUUAAAGACCACAUGAGAAUUCACACUGGAGAAAAGCCGUACACCUGCCAACAAUGUGGACAGAGUUUCAGUAGAAAAGGAAGACUCACAGUCCACAUGAGAAUUCACACUGGAGAAAAGCCUUACACCUGCCAACAAUGUGGACAGAGUUUCAGUCAAAAUGGAAGCCUUAUAGACCACAUGAGAAUUCACACUGGAGAAAAGCCGUACACCUGCCAACAAUGUGGACAGAGUUUCCGUAGAAAAGGAAGACUCACAGUCCACAUGAGAAUUCACACUGGAGAAAAGCCUUACACCUGCCAACAAUGUGGACAGAGUUUCAGUAGAACAGGAAGACUCGCAGUCCACAUGAGAAUUCACACUGGAGAAAAGCCUUACACCUGCCAACAAUGUGGACAGAGUUUCAGUCAAAAUGGAAGCCUUAAAGACCACAUGAGAAUUCACACUGGAGAAAAGCCGUACACCUGCCAACAAUGUGGACAGAGUUUCAGUAGAAAAGGAAGACUCACAGUCCACAUGAGAAUUCAUACUGGAGAAAAGCCUUACACCUGCAAACAGUGUGGAAAGAAUUUCAGUGGAAAAGGACAAUUUAAAGUCCACAUGAGAAUUCACACUGGAGAAAAGCCUUACACCUGCAAACAAUGUGGAAAGAGUUUCACACAUAAAAGAAGCCUUGAAGACCACAUGAGAAUUCACACUGGAGAAAAGCCUUAUACCUGCCAACAGUGUGGAAAAAGUUUCAGUCGAAAAGAAAUCCUUAAAGUCCACAUGAGAAUUCACACUAGAGAAAAGCCUUACACCUGCAAACAAUGUGGAAAGAGUUUCACACAUAAAAGAAGCCUUGAAGAUCACAUAAGAACUCACACUGGAGAAAAGCCUUACACCUGUCAACAGUGUGGAAAAAGUUUUGGUCGAAAAGGAAGCCUUAAAAUCCACAUGAGAACUCACACUAGAGAAAAACCUUAUACCUGCCAACAAUGUGGAAAGAGUUUUACUGUAAAAGGAAACCUUAUAGCCCACAUGAGAAUUCACACUGGAGAGAAACCUUUCACCUGCCAACAGUGUGGAAAAAGUUUCACACAUAAAGGAAACCUUAUAGUCCACAUGAGAAUUCACACUGGAGAAAAGCCUAAUACCUGCCAACAGUGUGGAAAGUGUUUCACACAUAAAGGUAGCCUUGAAGUCCACAUGAGAACUCACACGGGAGAAAAGCCUUACACCUGCCACCAGUGUGGACAGAGUUUUAGUCAAAAAGGAAGCCUUAUAGUCCACAUGAUAACUCAUACUGGAGAGAGCCCAUUCGCCUGCCAACAGUGUGGAAAGAGUUUCAGUGGAAAAGGAAAACUUGAAGUCCACAUGAGAACUCAUACUGGAGAAAAGCCGUAUACCUGCCAACAGUGUGGAAAGAGUUUCAAUGAGAAGGGAAACCUUACAGCCCACAUGAAAAUUCACACUGGAGAGAGCCCAUUCACCUGCCAACAGUGUGGACAGGGUUUCAGUGGAAAAGGAAAACUUGAAGUCCACACGAGAAUUCACACUGGAGAGAAACCUUUCACCUGUCGACAGUGUGGACAGAGUUUCAAUCAAAAAGGAAACCUUAUAGCCCACAUGAGAACUCACACUAGAGAAAAGCCUUACACCUGCUCUCUGUGCGGGAAUGGCUUCACACGGGAACCAAGCCUUAGGGAACACAUGAAUAUUCACACUGGAGAGAAGCCAUUUACAUGUGGACAGUGUGGAAAGAGUUUCAGAUUUAAAGGUAACCUUAAGGUCCACAUGAGGAUUCACUCAAAAGAGAACUGUUUUAGAAGUUUUAGAAGUCGUUGCUGUGGAAAGAGCAGAGGUGUAAAGUGUACUUGAAAACCAUACUUAAAUAAAAGAACAGAUACCUUACAGGUAAAAAAAAACAAAAAAAUUCCAUUACAAGUUUCAAGUCACCAAUUCUAAUACAACUUGAGUAAAAGUCUUGGAAUAUCAGAUUUCAACUGUACUUAAAACUGCUGUCUAACUUUUUUGUGUGUUCAAAAUUUACAAAAAUUAUAUAAUGACAAUGUAUAGCAUGAAUCCAUUUUCCAAACUGUGAUUUUGUGUAAACCUGAAUCAUUAUGGUACACUUAAUAAGUGUUUAUAUUUGGACUAUUUAGACCGGUCUGGUAGGACCCACCUCGGAGUAAGCACAGUAACUGCAUAAACCACCAUAGACAUAAAUGGAGAGAAGUAUCUCCAGCUUCAGUGUUCCUCCACAAGAUGCUUGCCAUUCUGUUUAUUAACUGCUAGAAGCAUCAAAAGUGACGGGAUUGCAGCUAUAAAGGAUUAGUUUCUUUCGAAUGAAAAUUAGCCCAAGCUUUACUCACCCUCAAGCCAUAUGACUUUCUUCUUUCUGAUGAAGAUAAUCUGAGAAAUGUUAUUAAAUAUCCUGACACAUCCAAGCUUUAUAAUGGUAGUAUGCGUUACCAAAUGAGUAUGAGCUGAAGAAAGUGUCUCAAUCCACAUCCAUCCACCAUAAAUAUAUUCCACAC